AUAUUAAUGCAAAAUGAUGCAAAGACUUGCAGAAGUCUAGAACAAGUUAAUAUUUAUAUAGAAACUGCCAAAAGCAAUGUGAUUGAAAUGGAGAAGAAGUUUAUAGUCAACACAGAUGAGUCAGAUAAUAUUGCAAGAAUUGUAGCCAGCCAUUCUGAAUUGAUUUGUGUUUUACAAAACGAUGGAAAAGAACACGUUGCUCUCAGCGAAAAAAAGAUUGAACAAUUAAAGACAAUGCUUACAACGUUAGAAAAUGAUAUGAUCACUAGGUCAAACAAAGUGAAAACAAUAAAGUCACGUGUAUGUAACAGAUAUGCUUGUUAUGUGGAGCUUGAUCAUCUCACACCUGUAAGUGCUAGAUCAAUUAUUUCAACAUUUAGUAAAGUACGUGAAUAUAACGGUCAACAUUUUAAUCAAACAACAGGAAAAUUUGUAUCACCACAUGAUGGUUUAUAUCUUGUAUGUGUCACUCUACAUGAAUGGGGAGAUAAACAGAUUGUAGUUGGUGUGAUGGCUGGAGACAGGUUGUGUACGGCUAUAGCAGUGAAAUGUGCCGCCACUAGCGCUGCAGGGUCAGUGGUUGUUGACAUGAAGAAAGGUCAAGAAAUUUACCUUGAAGUGUGUUACACAGAUCAAGGUGCAAAGUUAUCCUGGUUUAGUAGUUUUACUAUCGUUAGUUUAUAGAAGUACAACAAAAAACAUGGUGGAAGGUAAAUUCAC